GAGCCGAGCGUGUCACUAGAUCUCGCAAUUUUACGGAGCGACGACGCGGGAGAAGGUCGGCCGGCACCAUCAAUAAUCGAAUCAGUCUCAUCAGUCUGCUCCUUGCGAGUCGAGGGAACGCUUGUCUCGUCUCCGUGGCAACAUGUUGCGCGUGCUGAAAAGAUUCCAACAUCUGCGACGCUACUCGGCCGCGGCUACUCUACCGGCGCCAGACACGAACCCGCCGAUCUUGUACACAGGCAUAUUUAUUAACAACGAAUGGCACAAGUCCAAGAGCGAGAAGACCUUUCCCACUAUCAAUCCCGCCACAGGCGAGAUAAUCGCCAACGUGCAGGAAGGCGAUACCGCGGACGUCGAUGUUGCGGUGCAGGCUGCCAAUAAGGCUUUCAAAAGGAACUCACCAUGGAGAACUAUGGACGCCUCCCAAAGGGGGGUCCUCUUGAACCGACUGGCAGAUUUGGUCGAGCGCGAUCGGAAAUAUAUCGCGUCCUUAGAAACUUUGGACAACGGCAAACCUUAUUCGAUGUCAUACAACGUGGACGUGCCCAUGAGCAUUGGAGUGUUGAGAUAUUACGCGGGAUGGGCUGACAAAAAUCACGGGAAAGUUAUCCCGGCUGAUGGGAAGCUCUUUGCAUACACCAGACACGAGCCGGUGGGAGUAUGCGGUCAAAUUAUCCCGUGGAACUUCCCUGUUGUGAUGAUGGCGUGGAAGAUAGCACCGGCUUUAGCUACAGGAAACGUGAUUGUUCUGAAGCCUGCCGAACAGACUCCGUUAACGGCUCUUUAUAUGGCACAACUGACCAAAGAAGCUGGAUUUCCUGACGGGGUGGUGAACGUCGUUCCCGGUUAUGGUAAAACCGGUGCUGCGUUAGUCGAUCACAACAAGGUCGACAAGAUCGCGUUUACGGGUUCUACCGAGGUCGGCCAGAUAAUAAAACAAAACGCUGCUAAAAGCGAUUUAAAGAGGACUACGCUGGAGUUAGGUGGAAAGUCCCCCAAUAUCAUUCUUAAGGAUGUCGACGUAAAUCUAGCGGUGGAAACAGCGCACUUUGGAUUAUUCUUUAAUAUGGGUCAAUGCUGCUGCGCAGGAUCAAGAACCUUCGUUCAGUCGAACAUUUACAACGAAUUCGUCGAGAAAAGCGCGCUUCGCGCUAAGUCUAAGACCGUAGGAGAUCCGUUUGACUUGAAAAUAGAGCAAGGUCCACAGAUCGACGAGGACCAGCUGAAUAAAAUUAUGCGUCUGAUCGAAACUGGGAAAAAUCAAGGCGCUUGCUUGGUAACAGGUGGCGAGCGCGUCGGCGAUAGAGGCUACUUCGUUGCUCCAACGGUAUUUGCAGACGUCAAAGACGAUAUGACUAUAGCGAGGGAGGAGAUAUUUGGUCCGGUGCAGCAAAUCCUGAAGUUCGACGAUAUAGAAGAAGUCAUUGAACGCGCCAAUGACACCGAUUACGGAUUAGCUGCUGCAGUUUUUACGAAAGAUCUUAAUAAGGCGAAUUACAUAGUGCAAGGACUUCGUGCUGGUACCGUGUGGGUCAACACAUAUAAUACGAUAGUUCCUCAAGUGCCGUUUGGUGGCUUCAAAAUGUCUGGACAUGGCAGAGAACUCGGAGAGUAUGGUCUUGAGGCAUACACGGAAGUGAAAAGCGUAAUUGUUCAACUUGAGGAGAAAAAUUCGUAAAAGUACGUCAAAACCGUUUAUCAAAGAAUCAUUUUACAAGCAUUUUUUACUAGAAAGAAAAAAUAAGUGUCAUUUUUACAACUAUUUUUUAAAUAUUUUAAAUUUUAUUGUAGAUGUAUAUUCUUAGAUUAGAUUUCCAAUUAAAGUCUUUGUGUUUUAUUUGAAAUGGACAAAUUCGUGAGCACAAUUCGUAAAUCAUUAUGAAAAACAAUGAGCUACAACAGAAAGAAUCUAUCGUACAAUAAAGAUAUAUUUAGUUCUUGAUUAUAAAAAUAUAUAUAUAUAUAGAUAUUUUUUGAUAAUAUGUUAAACUUUUCUUUUUUUAAAUUUAUAACGCAAUGUGAAGGAAUAUUAACGUGAAUGCUAUUUAUGUUACAUACUAAGGAAAAUUUAAUCCAACAAAUUAUGUUAAUGCAAAGUUUGCCAUGCUUACUGUAAAUUUCGCUCGUUUUGCUGAAUAAGUACAAGUUUUCAAGAUUAAGACAAAACUGUAUUUUCGUACUUUUAAGUUUAAUAAUAAUAAAAUAUUUUUAAAUUUC